GAAAUAUGUCUAAUUGUUUGGCAUUGUUGUAAACCGUUAGCCCAGCUGCUGCUUCACCUCGUUUCUGCCUCACCACUUGAACAUUCUGUCACUAAACUCCAAUCAAAAAGAGAAGCAGCAUGAAUCGGGAAAAACUUGCAAAACUUCAGGCUGAAGUGCGGAUAGGAGGAAAGGGAACAGCCCGCAGAAAGAAGAAGGUGGUUCACAAAACGGCAACAGCAGACGACAAAAAGCUCCAGGGCUCAUUGAAGAAACUGGCAGUGAACAACAUCGCAGGAAUAGAAGAGGUGAACAUGAUCAAAGAUGACGGCACGGUGAUCCAUUUCAACAACCCCAAAGUGCAGGCGUCUCUGUCGGCAAACACCUUCGCCAUCACGGGCCACGCUGAGACCAAGCAGCUCACCGAGAUGCUCCCCGGCAUCCUGAGCCAGCUCGGGGCCGACAGCCUGUCCAGCCUGCGCAAACUGGCAGAGAGCUUCCCACGGCAAGCAAUGGACAUGAAGGCGGUGAAGGAACAGAUCAUAGAAGAGGAUGAGGAUGAUGUACCAGAUCUUGUCGAGAACUUUGACGAGGCCUCCAAGAAUGAAGCCAACUGAUGUUCCCUUGUCAACCCUCUGAUUUCGUCGCUCAGUCGGACUCACACUAAAGGCAUUUUCUCCUACGGGGGGGGAAAAAAAAAACAAAACACCAACGGCAGCAGCAGUCCUUAAAGGUGCAGUGCACUUUCCUCUGGACAUGACUCACUUUGGCCAAAUCCCUUUUCAUUUCUGCUGCUCCGUGGACACAUCACACAGAGACUAUAUUUUAUCAUUAUUAAAGGAAGGUCCAGUUUUGCUAUUGCAGUUUUCAAAAGUUUGGAUACUAUUUUCUAUUCUAUUAAAAAAUAUAAUGUAAGUGCUGACUCAAAAUCUUUCAAAUAAAACGAAAGCAAAGACUGAAAUCUGGUCUAAACUAAGAACCGGGACUUGGAAACGAUAUGUAAUGGUAGUCUACAAAAAUUGAAUUAAAAUCUGAAUUUCCCUGCUAAAAAUUCCCAAAUUGUGUCCAAACUUUUGACAGGUACUGCCUCUUCUAUAAAGGAAUGCAUUGUUUCCGAUAUAAUCUAUAUAAAUGCCACAAUAGUUAAAGUUACUGGACCAUAUAUCCCGUGCUGCAGACCACUCCAUGCAUUUUAACAUUACGAGAUUACUACAAAAUAUGAAAUGAAAAACUUGACAAAUCCUGAUGAUAUGGGUGAAAUAAAGCAUUUUGGGCUAAGAAUUUUAUGAUUUUUUUUUCAUCGGAACAAGUAAUCUACCAUCUACAGUAUUGAAGUAACAGGCAAAGUCUUUUUACGUCACAUAUUUGUACUUGAUGCUUGUUUAUAAAUAGAAUAAACACACGUAAAGCGUCA